ACCAGCUGUGGCGGUUCUCCGUAAGAUGGCGGACCGGCGGCGGCAGCACGCUUCUCAGGAUACGGAGGACGAGGAAUCUGCUGCUUCGGGUUCCGACAGCGGCGGUUCCCCGGGCCGGGGCGGCGGAGGGAGCUGUGGCGGGAGCGCUGGCGGCGGCGGCAGCGGCUCUCUGCCUUCCCAGCGCGGCGGCCGAGCCGGAGGCCUUCAUCUGCGCCGGGCGGAGAGCGGGGGCGCCAAGAGCGCCGACGAGUCGGAGUGUGAGAGUGAAGAUGGCAUGGAAGGUGAUGCUGUUCUUUCGGACUAUGAAAGCGCAGAAGACUCAGAAGGUGAAGAAGGGGAAUACAGUGAGGAAGAAAACUCCAAAGUAGAGCUAAAAUCAGAAGCUAAUGAUGCUGCUAAUUCUUCAGCAAAAGAAGAAAAAGGAGAAGAAAAGCCUGAAAGCAAAGGCACUGUGACUGGAGAGAGGCAGAGUGGGGAUGGACAGGAGAGCACAGAACCUGUGGAGAACAAAGUAGGGAAAAAGGGCCCGAAGCAUUUGGAUGAUGAUGAAGACAGGAAAAAUCCAGCAUACAUACCUCGCAAAGGGCUCUUCUUUGAGCAUGAUCUUCGAGGUCAAACUCAGGAGGAGGAAGUCAGACCCAAGGGGCGACAGCGAAAGCUAUGGAAGGAUGAAGGUCGCUGGGAGCAUGACAAAUUUCGUGAAGAUGAACAGGCCCCAAAGUCCCGACAGGAACUUAUUGCUCUUUAUGGCUAUGACAUCCGCUCAGCUCACAAUCCUGAUGACAUCAAACCCCGAAGAAUCCGGAAACCUCGAUUUGGGAGUCCUCCACAAAGAGAUCCAAACUGGACUGGUGAGCGAUCAAACAAGGCUCAUCGCCACCAGGGUCCUGUAGGCACGGUACCACCAAGGACAUUUAUUAACAGGAAUGCAGCAGGUACUGGUCGAAUGUCUGCACCCAGGAAUUACUCUCGGUCUGGAGGCUUCAAGGAAGGACGUACUGGCUUUAGGCCUGUGGAAGCUGGUGGGCAGUAUGGUGGCCGGUCUGGUGAGACUGGUAAGCAUGAGGCCAAUUACCGGUCACGGCGCCUAGAGCAGACGCCUUUAAGGGAUCCUUCUCCCGAAGCAGAUGGUCCAGUGCUUGGCACUCCUGAAAAGGAAGAGGCAGCCUCAGAGGCACCGGGUAUGGCUCCGGAUACUACACCACCAGCCCCUGACAGGCCCAUUGAGAAGAAAUCCUAUUCCCGAGCAAGAAGGACCCGAACUAAAGUUGGGGAUGCAGUCAAAGCCACAGAAGAGGUGCCCCCUCCACCUGAAGGGCCGACUUCAGAACCUGCAGUGUCAGAAACUACCGCUCCUCCAGCUGCUAAGACUGGGAACUGGGAGGCUCCAGUAGAUUCUUCGACAAAUGGACUUGAGCAAGAUAUGGCACAGCUAAAUAUAGCAGAGCAGAAUUGGAGCCCAGGACAGCCUUCAUUUCUACAACCACGGGAGCUUCGCGGUAUGCCCAACCACAUACAUAUGGGAGCAGGACCUCCACCUCAAUUUAAUCGAAUGGAAGAAAUGGGUGUCCAGGGUGGUCGGGCCAAACGGUAUUCAUCCCAGCGGCAGAGACCUGUGCCGGAGCCCCCUGCUCCUCCUGUGCAUAUCAGCCUCAUGGAGGGGCAUUACUACGAUCCAUUGCAGUUCCAGGGACCAAUCUAUACCCAUGGUGACAGCCCUGCCCCACUGCCUCCACAGGGCAUGAUUGUGCAGCCAGAAAUGCACCUACCGCAUCCAGGUUUACAUCCCCACCAGACACCAGCACCUCUGCCCAAUCCAGGCCUUUACCCCCCACCAGUAUCCAUGUCUCCAGGACAGCCACCACCCCAGCAGUUGCUUGCGCCUGCUUAUUUUUCUGCUCCAGGCGUCAUGAACUUUGGCAGCCCCAGUUACCCUUAUGCUCCAGGAACACUGCCUCCGCCCCCACCGCCUCAUCUAUAUCCUAAUACACAGGCCCCAUCACAGGUAUAUGGAGGAGUGACCUACUAUAAUCCUGCUCAGCAGCAGGUGCAGCCAAAGCCCUCUCCACCCCGGAGGACUCCGCAGCCAGUCUCCAUCAAGCCGCCGCCGCCUGAGGUUGUAAGCAGAGGUUCCAGUUAAUAGAUUUUUUUCGAAUAUUUCAAGUAUUAACAUAAUAUAAAAGAGAGAUGAGAACUCGGGGAGAAAAAGAGAAGUACAGCUGGCUACCUACCAUCCUGAGCGGGGCUUCAAGAUGUAAGGAUAGCCCUGCUACCAAGCAGCUGGAGGUGGAAGAGCCUUCUUGCUCUAAAGACAGGCUUGCUGGAGAGAAAUGAAACACAGGGGGCCUCCUCUUACCUCCACCCUUCACUUGAGCUGGCUGAGCUCAGGGAGCAGAGACUAGACAACCUAGGCUUCCGAGUCUAGAUUCAUAAACCUGUAUCUUCUCUUUACUUUCUCCCGGGAAGUUCCAGUAUCUUCUGCUCCCACGGAAGUUCCUUCUGGAUUUUUUUUUUUUUUAAUGUUCAUUUUUAAAGCUUGUCCUUCUUUUCUUGAAUUAAUAUUCUUACUGUGUUCUCCCUUCUUUCCUCUCCCCUGCCCUUCUCCCCCCCCUUUAAAUGAAACAAGUUCAUUCUGGUUUACUAGCCCCUCUGGUUUCCCUUUUGAUUCUUCCCUGCAUCUGAGAUAAUUGAGAAUGUAUCAACUAAGUGUAAAAUAGCUGGUCUUUCACUUUUGACUGGCCUUUGUUAUUCUCUUGGAUUCUCUUAACUCUAUAGCCCUGUGGAAGCAAAGCUGUCUGCACGUUGCAUCCAUUGUGUGGAGAAAAACUCAAAGUGGGUGAUUUUAUUUUUUUAUGUAGGUUUUAUAAGUCUAAGCUUCCUGCAUUGAGGUGGGCUUCUGUCCUUACUGAGACAGAAUCUACUGUAGGGAGAGUUGACAAACCAGACACUUUGUGAGGUGGGAGGGUGGAGCAGGAACCUCUGCACCAUUACAGGAAUGUAUUGCAGAGUCCUUGGGGCUCAACCUUUAAGGUAAGUGGAAUUAGUGAGCCCUGCUCUUCCUGUCCCUUCUACCACACCCCCUUCCCAGUUGCUGUGGACCAAUGCAUCUCUGGAGGCAAAUACUGUCUAGCAAACAGUCUACCUGGUCCUUUGCUGUUCUUCAUGACUCUCCUGCUACAAGUGUUUUAGAUGUUACCACCUUAUUUUCCCCAAAUCCUGCUCCUGUUCUUGAAUUCAGACAAUAACUGUACCUGGGCUUAAGUCCUAAAGAAGCAAGUCAGUUUCUGGGCAAGGGUUUUCCCUCCUGUCCUUUCUCUCCAUGGCACCAAACCACAUCCCUGUUGCCUCUGUGGAAGUUUCCUGUUAGUACAACACUGCCAGGGUUUUCACAGAAACUGAGGAAGAAGGUGGUGGCUGUCUCCCUAGUGAUACCACUGUCGUUAUUCCUUCCCUCCUACAGCUGGCCUAACCACUCUUGAGUCAAGGUGUGAGGGGUGAGGAGGAAAUAGAUUCUUCUAAGGGUAGUUGGUGGUUAUGCCUUUUAUAGGCGUCCCUUUGCCUUAAACCUGAAGAUGUCUUCUCAAGCCUGUGGGCGGUGUGCCCAGAUUCCCAGACCUUAAGACACUGUGACAGUUGUCUCUGUUGGUCUACUGUGUUUAGUUGCAAGGACUUCACUGUCUGUGUGUUUGUUAUUGUUUUGAAGGGUGCACAUUUGUGAUCAGCAUUGUGACUUGGAGAUAAUAAAAUUUAAACUAUAAACUUAA